GUGCGGGCUUACGUCACUUUCCAGAAUUCCCCUUCGCUUCGUCUCACGUCCACUCCCAUAACACACAUCAGAACUGCAGCCGUGUACUCCUCCUCCUGUGCCUGUACCUCAGAGCAGCCUGCCCCGCCUCAGCGCCUCUAUCUCUGGCUCCAGACCCGCGUCUGUCCCCGAUCCUCUCCACUAUCUACGGCCCGCGGUGUGAAGAUGUCUCUGUACCCGUCUCUCGAGGACCUGAAGGUGGACAAAGUGAUGAGGGCUCAGACUCAGCUGGCCCAGUCCACCCUCGCCCCAAUGCCUGCGCUCCCAGAGGGCACCUACCAGGCCCUGCCCAUGAGUGCGCCCCCUGUGGGUGUGCCCGCCGCUCUACCAGCCUCCAAUCUCUACCCAAACCUGGAGGAGCUUGGAGACUACAUGGGCUUAUCUCUGAACAGUGAGGAGGUGCAGAGGAACCUGGCUCUGGUGCCCGUCAGUGACAAUGUGGCAGUGCCCUUCUCUCCAUACGGUGCCAUGGUGCGCCCGGUGACUGGGGCAGACGUGGGCAUCAGACGAGCUGAGAUCAAACCUGGACUCCGGGAGGUCAUCCUGUGUAAAGACCAGGACGGGAAAGUGGGACUGAGGCUGAGGGCCAUAGACAACGGAAUCUUCAUUCAGCUGGUCCAGUCUAACUCCCCCGCUUCUCUGGCUGGUCUGCGUUUUGGAGAUCAGGUUCUGCAGAUAAACGGUCAGAACGUUGCUGGGUGGAGCGUGGACAAAGCUCACAAAGCUCUGAAGGCUGCGGCCGAGACCAGGAUCGAGAUGGUGGUGAGGGACAGGCCAUUCCAGCGCACAGUGACCAUGCAUAAGGACAGCUCGGGCCACGUCGGCUUCAUUUAUAAAAACGGUAAAAUCACGUCUUUGGUCAAAGACGGAUCUGCCGCUCGAAACGGGCUCCUGACCGAACACUACAUCUGUGAGAUCAACGGUCAGAACAUCAUCGGACUAAAGGACUCUCAGAUUAAAGACAUCCUGAGCACGUCGCCCAGCGCCAUGACUAUCACAAUCAUGCCCAAGUUCAUUUACGAUCACAUGAUCAAGAGGAUGUCCACUGGUCUGCUGAGAUCAGCCAUGGACCACUCUGUGCCCGAGGUCUGAGGGAGAACGGGGCCAAAAUGUGUCCUCCUCCUCCUCCUCACCACCUCAUCCCUCCAUUCUCAUACUCUGUGCCCGAAGUCUGGGGAAAGAGGGAGAGCAUGCCUCCAAGAUGUCUUCUCUCCUCCUCCACUUCUCCCCAUCUCAUCCCUCCAUCCCUCACCCCUCUGUUCCUGAGGUCUGAGAGGGAGAACCUGUCUCCUCUCUUCCUCGUCCUCACCCCUCUAUCUGAGGUCUGAGAGGGAGAAGAUGUCUCCUCUCAUCCUCCUCCUCACCUCAUCCCUCUAUCCUCAACCCUCUGACCCUGAGGUCUGAGAGGGAGAACAUCUCACCACCUCUUCCUCAUCCCUCCAUCCUUACCCUUCUAUCCCUGAGGUCUGAGAGGGAGAAUGUGUCUCUUCUCAUCCUCCUCACCUCUUCCUCAUCCCUCUGUCCCUGAGGUCUGAGAGAAAGUCUCUUCUCUUUAUCCCUCACCUCAAGGGAGAGAAUGCGUCUGAUCCAAGAUGGCUCCUCUCCUCCCCUCUCUCCUCCCCUCUCUCUCCCUCUUCUCGUUUACCAUAAUACUCUCCGUCCUAACUCCUUCACUACUUCCACACUGACACUUUUUUAAUGUUUAACUUUUAGGCUUCUUAUUCAUGUUUUUAUUUUUAAUCUUGUACAAAUGUUUUCUGGCAGCACAUCUGAUUUAUGCUGAGAUCACAUGACUUUCCAAUGCUGUAUUAUCAUAGUAACUGUUCCCAAACCUGUUCUGUCCUGGUCCCGCCCUUCAACUCUAAGUGCACAUAAGACUUAAAGCUUGUCUGUGGAACUUUUCUCAAUGAGCCAUAAACCUGAACACGCUCUAAGCACCACACCCCCGCUCCAAAGGCCAGCUCAAAAUGGCCGCCACUGCCUCCCGUGUUUGUCCAAUAGUUUAAAGGGGGGGUAUUAUGCAGGUUUUAGAUGUCAUCCAUGCAUGUCUGAGUAAUCUAGAGAUCUCUCCCAGGCCCUAUUCAAACCCUCUUUACAGUGUGUUACAGUUAAUAUCCCAUAGAAGUAAAAUACCCCCUCUUUAAUAACCCAUAGAAAUAAAAUACCCCCUCAUUAACAAGAAGCCGUGUUAAAAGCAUUCAGGCCUGGCUUGUGGUUCUGUUACAGACACAAAGUUCAGCUUCUUCAAAAGAAAUUAUGUUUACACUUCAAACGAGGCAUUAAUAAAAGGCUUCUCUUUCUGUUUAAGGCUUCUUCUUUUGUUUAAAGCUUCUUUUGUUUAAGUCUUCUUCUCUUUAAAGUCUAAAGUCGCACGAUUAAAAUGGGAAUCUAUGUGACCAAACAUGUUCUGCUUCAAUGUGCGGUAGCCCACCCUUUUCUGAAAUUAUGACGUCACUUUGCAUAGCCCCGCCCCCUCUGGUUCAUCAUGUUUGUGAGGUAAAAUUUUGGGCGAAGUCUGCUGUGUUCAGGGCCAAACAUUUCUGAGUCAGGGUUGUAUUAAAGCGUUUGAUUGGCCCAAAUGAACGUUGAGUUUGUGUUGGAUCCCCAUGUGGUGUUGACGGGCGCCUGUAAAUCCUGAGCAGUUCACGUUAUUAAAAAUCACUGAGACGUUAAAGACCAAAAGCAGGUGAGACUCUGCAUCGGACCACGGCGUUGGCGCCUGAACGCAGCUCACUACGCUCAAACACUAAGUGCACUUUGACCUGAGGGUCUCCUCAUUUCAAUUCAUCCAGAGCCAGAGUCUAACCCUCAGCCCCGUCACAGCUCCAGCUUUUGGCCCCUGUGUGUGGAUAUUGUGGGUUUGAUUCCCGCCCCUGUGUGCGGAGGUUGUGGGUUCGAUUCCUGCCCCAUGUGUGCAGGUUGUGGGUUCGAUUCCCGUCCUGUAGAUGAGCCUCUCCUGAUGCUGUUUGUAUUCGAUGUGUUCUGAAUUUUCAAAGUUUCUGAAUUGUUCUGUCCUGUAAAAAGUUUAUAUCGAAUGUAACGAGAUGAUAUUGUAAAACAAAUAAACUGUCCUCUGCCUCUCUCAAUCU